AUGUCAAAGCCGUAUUUCGAUGCCAUAAGAUCAGAACGUGCAUAUCGCUCGUCCUUCCAAUCUGAGCCAGCAAAUGAUCUCACUUUCUCUCUGUCCAACCUGCAAACUCCCGCCAGUAAUUGGGGCCGCGAACAACUCUUCACAUGCCAUGUCGUCAUCUCACCAGCACAGGACACUCUCCUCCCGGGGUACAAGAAUGAUCACAUUACAUUUGAUCACAGCAUAUCAGAUGAAGCUAGGCGGCAGAUAGAUAACUUUUUCCAAGGACCAGACCCCAACGACCUGGGUCAAAGCGAACAUUACCUGGUCCACAAAUACGGCACAUCGCUGGGGCAAGUCUGGGCUACGGUAGCGGCUGUGAAAGCACGGCGAUCGGGUGUGGCCGAUUUAGAUGUUAUUAAAGACGCUAUACCUACAAAUAAUGAAGGCACUCCAGAGAGCAAGAGACUGAGGUACAAUACGGACUGCAAAGAUUUUGUUGAUUCAGGUACUCUUCAAAUCGGCUCCAGCAGCCCUACCAGCAAGUUGCUUGGAGGGACGCCCGACUCAUCUAUCGGCUACGUCGACCAAGCACCGACUCGGGAUCUUCCACCAGAGGACAAUACUGUGAGGCUCAUAUCAUGCGUCAUGCGGCACAUUCUCUACUACACGCAGCUUCCUGGGUCAACGCCUAUAAUUGAAUUCCGAGAUACACGUCAGCGUAUGAGUCUGCAAGUUCUAGACUUGGGCGGCGAAGUUACGGCUAUAGAUGAUGGUGGGCUUUGUCUAAAGGUGGAAGAGGAGAACGGCCGAUUUACAGUGGCAAGGAAUAUGGUUGCGCUACUCGAAGCUAAGAGAAAUCUCAAGGUGAUUGAGGGCAAGCCGGUGAUUUCGGACGAGUGCUUGUCGCAGAUGACAUGUGAAGCUAUCUUGGCAAGAGCAGUUGAUCCACUGGAUGAGUUCCAGGACGGAAGGUGUGUACAUUUAUCCUUCGUCAAUCUAGCGACUGACUAA